AUGCCAAAGAAGCAGUCCACGGUGUACAUAUCCUCCAAAGCCCCAAAGAACACUUCUGACAAUAGAAUUAUCAACACAAAAUACUCGAUUUUGUCAUUUCCGUUCAUGAUGGCGAAAAUGCAGAUAGAAAGCAUCUCUUCGACAUUUUUCCUGUUCGUUAUUUUCUGCCAAAUAAAGAAAACGUACAGAAUCACAUCGCUGUAUUCAUCUCUACUUCCUUGGCUGGUAAUAUUCAUGAUCACAGUCCUCAGAGAAGCCAUAGACAACUAUUCCCGUUAUUUGAGAGACAAGGAAAUUAACAUGGCACAGUACAAAAAACUAAAAGGAAAAGACUUUGCCAAAGUAGAAAGCCAGAAAAUAAAGGUGGGAGAUAUCAUUCUUAUUGAGAAGGGCCAGAGAGUGCCUGCAGAUUGUAUUCUGUUGAAGUCGGAAGACAACUCUGGCGAAAUAUUUAUUAGAACUGACCAGCUGGAUGGCGAAACGGACUGGAAACGUAGAAACUCGCUUGCAGAGACACAGCACUGUGCAAUAAAAAGCCUUUCAAGUAUUGAGGCUGAGAUUGAACCGCCCAGCAAAGAAAUAUACUCAUUCAAUGGAAAACUCAUUGUAAACAGCUUUAUUGAAAAGAGAGAAGACAAUCAGUUAAUUUUUGGAAAGCCAAGCUCGCCCAUCAGAACGUCCAAGAGUGUCGAUCUUGAGAACAUCAGCUUGAUGGCGAAUGAGGCUAACCUAUUAAACAUUCAGGGUGCUGAAUCAGCAGCUACGCCAGAAAAGAUACCGGUCAAGACCGAAGCCCAGCCGGUAGAACCUGCAAGGAGAGAAAUGGGAUGCGAUUUAGAAAAUACACUCUGGGCAAAUACAGUUGUUUCGUCUUCCGCUGCACUAGCCCUGGUUAUUUACACCGGACAUGAUACAAGAUCGAUGAUGAACACUAAUAAGCCAAGGAACAAGACGGGCAUAAUCGAAAAAGAGCUUGAUCGCUUUGUUGCAAUUAUGGCGGUUAUUUCGAUAUUUGGAUCGAUCAUGUUUACCUUUUUCAGGGCUGGCUUCGAUUUUUCAACAUCCUGGAGAAUCGUCUGCGUCAGGUUUAUUAUUAUUUUUUCAUACGUGAUACCAAUAUCGCUGAGAUUUAUGAUAACAACAGCUAGGUUUAUCUAUGCCUAUCGGCUGAGUAAGGAUCCCAGCCUGUCUACAGUCAAAGUGCUCACAAAUACCCUUCAGGAAGAGCUUGCCCGGAUAAGUUUCUUCUUAACAGACAAGACGGGCACUUUGACCAAAAAUGAAAUGAUAAUGAGAAAGCUGCAUAUUGGAACGGUGUGCUACAAUGCAGAGAAUACAGAGGAAAUAACAAGGUCAAUUGGCAAAAUACUGGACAAGUCAUGGCGCUCAAAAAAGAUGUUUUGGAAGAAGUCCAAAAGCUUAGACUCAAAGAUCUACGACCUGAUAGAGGCACUAAGCGUCUGCCACAGUGUCAUGCCGAUAGAAUCUGAGGAGGGCAUUCAAUAUCAAGCAUCCUCACCAGACGAGGUGGCAAUGGUAAACUACACAGGGCAGGUUGGAAUGAAGCUGGUAGCACGUGAUAAUCACAAGAUGCACAUCCAAAAUCCCAAGGGAGAAAUUGUGACGUAUGAGAUUCUCUAUACGUUUCCCUUUAAUAGCGAUACAAAAAGAAUGGGCAUCAUAUUAAAGAAGGAUGACGAGUAUAUCUUCUUUGAAAAAGGAGCAGAUACCGUUAUGAAGAGCAUCGUGAAAGAAAAUGAUUGGAUUGAGGAGGAGACCGACAACAUGGCAAGAGAGGGGCUAAGAACAUUAGUGAUAGCCAAGAAAGUCAUUUCGGAAAGUGAGUUUUCAAAGUUUGCAAAAGCAUAUAAUACUGCAAAGAUGUCGUUGGUGAAUAGAAACGAGAAGAUGCUCGAGGAGCAAUGCAAACUUGAAAAGGACUUGGAUGUUGUUGGCUUGACGGGUGUAGAAGACAAGCUCCAAGAUAAAGUCAAGCAAACACUUGAAAGUUUGAGGAAUGCUGGAAUUAAAAUUUGGAUGUUGACCGGCGACAAGAUUGAGACGGCAAUUUCAAUCGCCUUUUCAUCGAGGCUUUUGACUAAAAAUGACCACUAUAUGAUUAUUGCCAACUGCACUUCCAAGGACGAGAUUAAGAAAAACCUUGAUGCACUGAGCACAAGAGGAUUCAAUUCUCUUGUUGUUGAUGGGGCAUCUCUAGCGGUUAUCAUUGAUCAUUUUCUCGAUAGAUUUAUUGAUAUUUCCAAGGGUCUGCAUUGCCUGGUUGGAUGCCGUUAUACGCCUACUCAGAAAGCAAUUAUGGCUGCCGCACUUAGAGAGAAAGCCAAUGAAACAGUGCUGUGCAUUGGCGAUGGCGGAAAUGAUGUUUCCAUGAUUACACAAGCCAAUGUUGGAGUAGGAAUAGAGGGCAAGGAAGGCUCGCAGGCCUCACUUGCAGCGGAUUUCGCCCUUAAAAGUUUUUCAGACGUAUUAGAUUUACUGCUUUCCCAUGGUAGAAUGUGCUACAAAAAUACUUCCAAGAUUGCCCAUCUUAUCUUUCACAGGGGUGUUCUUUUGAGCACGAUCCAGGCUAUUUUCUGCUGCCUAAUUCACUUUUUCCCAAUCUCUAUUCUUCAGGGGAAAAUGCCAAUGCUCUUCAUUCUAUUUACAAUUUUCCCGCUGUUCUGGGUCAUUAUAGACCAGGACAUUCCAAAAAGCCUGUCGAUGCAGUACCCUGAGCUAUUCAAGGAGUUACAGCUGAACAAUCUUCUCAGCAUUAGACAGUUCUUCAUCUCACUUACAAUGAGUAUUUUUCAAGCCUCUACCUUUAUCCUUCUAUACUUCAAAUUGAAAAAAAGAGAAAUGUUCUCGUUGAGUACCAUAUGCUUUACCAACCUGAUCAUAAAUGAACAGCUCAUGGUUCUCUUGUCGGUGUCCGAGAACCUUAACAGGAAGAAUAGUUCUUAUCUGUCUUGGCUCUAUCGUCUGCUACAUUAUUUCAAUCCCAUUUCUUUCGGAAAUACGAAAGUAUGA